CCAAUCAGAACGGCGAGUUGUAAAAACGGACCAAUCAGAGCCCGAGGUCUAUGUGUUCCGCUUUCCCUGCAAUCUUUCGCUGAUCCGACUUCAGAUUGAGAGAAUUCAAGAUGGCCGCCGCCUCAGGCUCCAGGUGAGGGCGCCACCCUGAUCCUCCCUCUCUCUCUCUCCCUCUCUCUCUCUCGCGGCUGACUGAAGCUCAGUGCCGCGUCCUCCCUGUCUCUUCCCCGUGGAGACGCCAUGUCCUCCACGUCGUCCUGCUCCUCGUCGGGGGAGACGAGCCCGGAGGACGUUCCCCGAGGCGGAGGAACCAUCCGUGUCUACCUCCCCAACAAACAGCGCACAGUGGUGAACGUGCGUCCGGGUCAGACGGUGUACGACAGUCUGGACAAAGCGCUCAAGGUGCGAGGCCUCACUCAGGACUGUUGCGCCGUUUUCCGCCUCCUCGAAGGUCGUAAAAGGCUGACAGAAUGGAACACUGACAUCACGCCGCUUGUCGGCGAGGAGCUUCUCGUCGAGGUUUUGGAUGACGUCCCCCUCACCAUGCACAACUUUGUUCGUAAAACCUUCUUUAAGUUAGCGUACUGUGACUUCUGCCACAAGUUCCUGUUCAACGGCUUCCGGUGCCAGACGUGCGGCUACAAGUUCCACCAGCACUGCAGCAGCAAAGUUCCCACGGUCUGCCUGGACAUGGACACCAUAAAACGGAGUGCAGGAGACUGCGCGGCGGUCACUGAUAUAGUCGUGUCCGAUCCUAUCCCCACUGACAUCCCCUUAACGCCCGAGCCUGAUUGUUCAGCGCUGCUGUCGCCAGCCUCGGCGUUCCACUUCCCCAUGCCAGGAGGGGACGGCCUGGCCCUGCAGAGGCUCCGCUCCACAUCAACCCCCAACGUCCACAUGGUCAGCACGCUGGGGCCUGGAGCGGCCAGCGUCAUCGAGGAGGCAUUAAAAUCCAACAGCCCAAUGGGACCGGAACCCUCUCCCAAACCCUCGACCAGUCCGCCUCACCUGGGCUCUCCGGGCCGAAAACCGCCCAAAUCGCCUCCGGAGCGCAAACCGGCCCCCAUCCUUGACGGAAAAAGGGAAAGGAAUCAGCGUUACAGAGACUCGAGCUACUACUGGGAAGUGCCCUCGCACCAAGUGACCAUGCAGAAGCGCAUCGGCGCCGGCUCCUUCGGCACCGUCUUCAAGGGCAAGUGGCACGGCGACGUGGCCAUCAAGAUUCUGAAAGUGUCCGAGCCGACACCGGAGCAGCUGCAGGCCUUCAGGAACGAAAUGCAGGUCCUUCGGAAGACGCGCCACGUCAACAUCCUGCUGUUCAUGGGUUUCAUGACGAAGCCGCACUUCGCCAUCAUCACGCAGUGGUGCGAAGGCAGCAGCCUCUACCGCCACCUGCACGUCACCGAGACCAAAUUCGAAACCAUGAGGCGCAUCGACGUGGCACGCCAGACGGCACAGGGCAUGGACUACCUUCAUGCCAAGAAUAUCAUUCAUCGGGACCUUAAAUCUAAUAAUAUCUUCCUGCACGAGGGUUGGACGGUGAAGAUCGGCGACUUCGGCCUGGCCACGGUCAAGUCCCGCUGGAGCGGCUCGCAGCAGGUGGAGCAGCCCAGCGGAUCCAUACUCUGGAUGGCUCCAGAGGUGAUCCGCAUGCAAGACCCGAACCCUUACACCUUCCAGUCGGACGUGUACGGCUACGGGGUGGUGCUGUUCGAGCUCAUGUCCGGCACGCUGCCGUACUCCAAUAUCAACAACCGCGACCAAAUCAUAUUCAUGGUGGGUCGAGGCUACCUGUCACCAGACCUCAGCAAGCUGUACAGUAACUGCCCUAAGUCCAUGAAACGUCUCAUCGUCGACUGUCUGAAAUUCAAACAGGACGAAAGGCCGCUCUUUCCUCAGAUCCUGGUGUCCAUCGAGCAGGUGCAGGAUCUCUUGCCCAAGAUCGAGCGCAGCGCUUCGGAGCCGUCUCUGCACCGCGCUGUUCACGCUGAGGACCUGAACCCGAUGCUGCUGCACACCACGCGCUUCCUGCCUCUGUGAAACCAGACGAUUCUGCACAAGAUUCUGGCCUCCGCACUCACUACACAAACACACACACACACACACACACACACACAUAUAUAUAUAUUCCUGCUGUGCAUUCCUUGUCUCUCUAACACAUCAGCAAAACUUUCCAAUCAUUCCAUUUCUGAUCGGUCCUCUGAUGGAAUUCACUCGUAUUUUACCCAAGAGCAUUUUAAAUUUAAAAACAUGUUUUGUUUUUUUAACUCUCAGCUGAAAUCCGUCACAAACUCGAUUUGAUUGCGAACGUAGAGAAACCUAAAGCGUUACUGAUAUGUAGUCAUGCGUUUGUCUUCCGUUACGGGAAUUCUUGAUCACAUUUCUCAUCAAAACUCCUUUCGGUCACGUUUCUAUGCGGGAUUGUGAACGUCCGAUUCUGCGUUUUGGAAACACCAGUCGGUUUGCACUUUUAACAUUCGAAAAUACGUACAUGACGAGCGAACACUACGCGUUUUCUAAAGCACCAGUACCUUCCUGUCGUUUUUUAAAAAUUUAUUUAUUCUUUUUUUUUUUUUUUUUUAAUUUUAAAAACAUAAAAAUUGCACUCUCAUGUGGCUUCUUUAGCGUAAUCGGUUGUGCAGAGUAUCCCAGUAAUCAGCGUGUUACUGUUUUGUUACCGUGGUAACGGAGAACGUUUAUCCUUGGGCAGAGCGAGGUUCCUGUCAGAUAUCCGUUCCUCUUAUCCUCAGCCCUUAGUAAACAGGAAGUAGUUACAGUUCCCUUCUGAAAGUAUUGGAACAGCAAGGCCAAUUCGUUUGUUCAGGAUUUCAGCUUUUACUUCCUGGUAUUUACAUCUAGACAUGUUAAACGAUAUAAAGCGCAGAACGUUUUGAACCACAGAAUCAAGCCUGUGACUCACUGACCUCACCAAACUGUUGGUCUCUUCUUUUGUGAUGCUUUUCCAGACUUUUACCGCAGCCCCUUUCAGUUUGUUGUUUGUUUCGGGGGAGGUGGGGGGAUGGGAGUGAUGCGUCUCCUCUUCAGGAGGUGAAGCGACGUGCACGCUCAGUUGGGGUAAGGUCCGGUUCCUCAGCUUCGAAACUUGCUUGCUUUUCUCACGUAGACAGCUCCCUGAUCUUCAUGUUGGCUUAUCCUGUUUAACAACAAACGCAGCCUUCACGGGUGAAAGCGACGGCGGAUAAAAUCAAGAGCAGAUGUUCAGAGCUAUUUAUUGUUUAAUCAAUCGAACAGGACACACCUUGGUUAACGAGGAACACCUGUCAGCUAACGUGUUCCAAUAUUUUUGCUCGCCUACCGAUUGGGUGGUCUGAUACAAAAAUGCGUUGUGUUCUACGUCGUUUAACACGUCUCUUCAUGUACGUAUAAAUAGCAGGAAAUAAAAGCUGGAAACUCUCUUCUCUUGUUCAUCUUUUGAUCUCAAACCCAAAUGUCUUCAGUCUACAGAAAAGAAAAAAAAACCAAAACGAGUUGGCCUUGCCGUUCCUGUACAGUCUGUUUAGCGCAGGCCUGGCGGUCUGGCUAAGUACGUUUCAACUCAAUCUGGACUGUGAAGCGGCACAGCGUGGUGGCUCGGGAACGCAGAUGGCUGCAGAGAGUAAUCGUGUAGAGCGUGUCGUGCAUGCAGCGCUGGUGCGUGCACAGAUGGGAAAGGAACGAGACGUUUGUUUAGCGAUGGCCUGUGUGUGCACGCGCACAGUCAGCUCCAGAAAUAUUGACGAUAAAGUUUAGAAGUCUAAACUCGACUUAUUUAUACAUGUUCUUUAUCCUGGUCUGCGCCGCCGUGAAUCCAGAGCCUAUACUUGGAACACUGGGGGUGAGACGGGAAUACACCCCGGACACCUGCGGUCAUUUGAAGCAUUUGCCAGGUCGCCUGCCUGUCUGUUUUUGAGAGCUGGGAGGAAAUCUGAGAACCCAGAGGAAAUCCCACAGGGAGAACUCGCAGAGAACAUCCGCACAGGCAGUAACACGAGCUCAGGAUUGAACCAGAUUCUCACCUUUUAAUUUAUUUAUUUUUUGAGCUGAAGUGAAAGUGAAUUUAAAAUCCUGUUGAUUCAUCACUUUCUGAAGUUCGCCUGAGCGUUUAGGAACUCUGAAGCGAGCGUCCACGCCCUCCAGUUUCAGUGACCUCCAACGGCAUGAACGGUUUUGUACGUAUGAAGUCGAAUUACGAAGCCCCCGCUGUCUCACCUCGAACUUAACCUUUCACUUAACUUUCAUAUCCAAGCUGGCUUGUGCAGUGGUGACAUCGGGUUAGCAUACGACAUGCUGUUCAGAAAUACGCGUGCUGUGCUUUCAGAUUCAUUCUCAAUGACUAUCGUUAAUAUAAUUCACGUGAAGCUUUGGACGGAAAUCGAGCGUUUUUCCAGUCGUCCCGUUUCUGUCUGGUUUUGUGGGUCUGGAAAGCAUAGAUCAGUUCGAGAUAGUCAUGACCUAAACACAACAUGGACAGAUUUUGUCAUUUCUUAUCUACAAAGUUUUUAUUUUAUUUUAUUAUUAUUAUGAACAGGGCUGGUUACCCUGGAAAGUCUGCUCUGAGUAGGAGGAGCGUGCAAUUGUGAUGAAAGCGAGCGGUAUGCAGUGAGCGUCGCCGUGUAGUAUCUGUGGACCGAACUCGAGCCUUGUUCUCGGUAGGACGUCAGCGUUUGCGUUAUCUCGAUGCAUAGACUCUGUCUGGCUGGAUUUCCUUGGAGAUUUACACACUUCAAUCUCUCAAACUCUAGAGACAUAUCCGGCUCUCUUGAUUAGCCAGUGGGUUUCCUAAGGGUGCUGCCGAGCAGAAUGAAGUAACUAAGGAGGUUCUGUCAGGAGUAAAGGACGACCGGACGGGGCGUGCUGUUAUAAGGGCAACUAUGAACGUCCCGAAGCGUUUUAUUCCUAUUACGACGCGGCACUUUGCCAGCGGUUUCAAUUGUAUAUUUAUUUAAGAAAAGGUUGUAGUUUUGGAUCCCUGUGAAUGAGCUGUUACCAUAGCAACAACGCAUAUUAGAACGACCACGUUCGUUAUAACGGCGUCCGAGGCUGUGUUAUAGAUAAUUAUAUCGGUAUCAACCCGGUCGACUAAUCCGACUCGAGAAUUCAACAGAUGGCAGUUGAAAUGUAAAAUAUCAAAUUUAUUGUUAUUAUAUUUUUUUAAACUAUUAAAUAUUUCAUUGGCCCUGCUUGCAUUUACAAGUCUGCAGUGAUGGUAAUUUAACACUUAAGACUCCCAAGGUGCCAUCAGCGUGAUUCUAUUCGCCUUAAGAUGGCGCUGGGGAGGAGAUCAGCAGCCCCCCCCCCCCCCGUGUUUGGAAUUUUGCUGGCUUUCUACCGCUCGCUGGUGAUCAAGAUCGAGUCGUCAGAGUUGCAUAUCGUGUACCUCCUUGUGUCCUCCUUGCAAAGCAAAUUUGGUGUGUGAUUUGAUGUUUUUAGUGUUGGAUGAUUUUACUAGGUACUUUCAGUAGGUCAAGAAGAAGAAGAAAAAAAAAAACGUGCUCGUUAGCUGAUAUCCACAUGCUGCAAAUCGACUGGUGUAUAUUUAUGAAUAUGAAAUAGCAGUGCGUCAUAAAGAAGUGCGAUAAGUGAAAGAUGAUUUUCAUGCUUGUAGCUAUUGUUGUUGUUGUUGUUGUUGUUAUUUUUAUUAAUAAUUCUAAAUGUUAUU